AUGGCUGAGAAUCGUGCGCCUCGUCACGAGAGUUAUGAGAGUAAGGAAGAGUCUAAGAGCUCCCAUGACUCUGAGCGUACGGUCACGUCACUUAAGGCAUUUCGUGCGCGAUCCGAUCAUACCGAGACCUCUACACCUGUUGUUCCGGCUGCCAUCACAGUCGAACAUUCUGGGCACGAUUUAGGGGCGUCCCAAGCAAAGGGUAUUCAAAGGUUAGCCCCUAAGACGUAUGAUGGCAAGGGUCCUCCUACUAAGCUAGACGAUUGGAUCCGGAAAAUGGAGAAGAUAUUUGCGAUACUGAAGAUACCCGAGGAUAUGAGGGUAGAUCUAGCGGUUCAUUACCUGACCGGUGACGCCGAUACUUGGUGGGUCACCCAUAGACAUGCUCUUCUACCAGCUCCUUCCGCAGUUACAUCGAAGCACCCUUCUACCGUACCUCCUCUUCCCUUGAGCUUGUUUGUGUCAGCGCUUCGCAACGAGUUCUUUCCUCUACAUCUUCAGCGGAUGAUGUUCGAUGAGUACUCUCGACUUACGCAGGGAACCAAGACCGUUUACCAGUACUACGUUCGAUUUAUGGAAUUAGCUAAGUACGUGGACGACAUGAAGAUUGGGGAGAGAUUCAGGGCUCAGAGGUUCUUAUCAAGGUUUAAUCUGGAUAUUCGGGAACGUAUGAGGAGCUUGGGGCACGAACAUGUUAGGGACGUAUAUCACGAUGCUUGUGAGGUUGAACGCUUAUGGGAUGAGCGAAGGACUACUCAAGGGCUGAAGCGACGUAGGGAGGACACCCACGAGAUAUCACAGAACAUUGGGGGUAGACGAUUUUUAGCACCUACACAGUCACACCAAGAGCCAAGAUCUAGUUUUGGGAGAUCAACAUUGAGCACUCCUCAGAGUAGUAGGAACAUUGAGUGUUACGAUUGCGGGAAGAAGGGUCAUAAGAGGAUUGAUUGCUACAAGUACAUACAUAAGCAAGGUUUAAGGGGGUACCGGCAGUCAAGCUGGUGUAACUCAGGAUAG